AUGUUUAUGAAUCUGAAAGUGAGACGACGAAAAGGAGAGAAAUGUACCGGAUUGGGCUUUGGUGCGAUUCGUUCGGAGGCAAAAUGUUGUGGCAUUGACUCUGUGUAUCGCGUUGCUCUUGAUGACGGUUUAGGUUAUGUUGCAGUGAAAACAAUAAGGGGGAGUAGCAGAAAGUUAGACCAGGAGCUUGUGGAUUCAUUUCUUGCAGAAGUUGAAAUACUAAGAAAAUUUCGGCAUAACAACAUUGUGAAGUUGAUGUGUUGUAUCUCAAGUGAUGAUUUGCUACUACUUGCAUAUGAGUAUCAUGAACAUCAGAGUCUUGAUAGGUGGCUGCACAAAAAGAAUAAGACAUCGGUUGCGUCCAGUACGGUUCAUCAUGACAUCAUUGAUUGGCCGAAGAGAUUGCAUAUAGCCAUUGGAGCUGCACAAGGUUUAUGCUACCUGUAUAACGAUUGCUCGCCACCUAUUAUUCACCGAGACGUGAAAGCAAGUAACAUUGUUUUGGAUUCACAAUUCAACGCAAAAGUUGCUGAUUUUGGUUUCGCCAAGAUACUGAUCAAGCCAGAAGAACUUGCCACCAUGUCACCUGUGGCUGGCACAUUUGGAUAUAUUGCUCCAGAAUAUGCUCAAUCAAUUAGAGUCAAUGAAAAGAUGGAUGUUUACAGCUUUGGAGCGGUUCUAUUGGAACUGACAACUGGAAAAGAAGUUAAUCCUGGAUACGAAUACUCGUCGCUUGCAGAAUAG